CCCGUGUAUCCGUAGGCUUUUUCCUCUUUGGGGGUUCCUCCUAAACCUAACCUUACAGUGGGCUAAAAGCGUGCCGAAUGAUUCCACCCACUGUGUGUAUUGAUAACCGACGCCUUUCCCGUCAGCGCAGCCUUUGCUGGCUGAGCCGUUAGGAUUUCACUGCGCCGCCCGAACAACGUCAUAGGAAGUAGAGUAAAAAUAUUUUUUUUUACCAAGGGCUCUCCGAGGAAUAGGCCACUCUGUAGCAUUUCAGCCCAUGAUAACAUCGCCAAAAAAAAAAUAUAAAUAUAAAUAUAAAUAUUACACCAAACGCCCGAUAUUUAAUUUUACAUCUAAUGUACAUUGCAUCCAGCACAGAACCUGGCGCGGUGGCUUGGUAACUAUCUAGAUGAUAAAUUUCAAUGCGCCUACAACGACUCCCGUCCGAAUUUUCCCCGCGCCAGCAUUGCCCCACCAGCCCACCAAAAAGAAAACCACAAAGAUCACCAAACGUCAGGCGACACGACAUCCUGCGACACUGCAUUGCGACCGAUUCGAAGAUUGAUACGAGAAUCCUUUGACGAAAAUUAUACACACCGCGAUUACGAGCCAAUACCUUUUCUUCUAGAGUAGCUGCGUCGUCUUUUGCGACAGGGUCGCCCAUCAUGUCUACCACCGUCGAGAGAAUCAAAGAUAUCGAGGCCGAAAUGGCCAAGACCCAAAAGAACAAAGCCACGGCUUAUCAUUUGGGUCAACUCAAGGCGAAAUUGGCCAAGCUUAAGAGAGAAUUGUUGACACCGUCCGGAGGCGGCGGUGGUGGUGGCCCCGGCUUCGACGUUGCCAGAACAGGUGUCGCCUCCAUUGGCUUCAUUGGCUUUCCGUCCGUCGGAAAGAGUACGCUGAUGAGCAGACUAACAGGCCAGCACUCCGAAGCUGCAGCCUACGAAUUCACAACAUUGACCUCAGUCCCUGGUCAAGUCACCUACAAUGGUGCGCCGCUCCAAAUCAUCGAUUUACCAGGUAUUAUCGAGGGUGCCAAGGAUGGUAGAGGUAGAGGUCGUCAAGUUAUUGCAGUUGCCAAGACUUGCCAUCUCAUCUUCAUCGUCUUGGACGUGAACAAGCCUCUCACCGACAAGCGUGUCAUCGAAGCCGAAUUGGAAGGUUUCGGUAUUCGCAUCAACAAAGAGCCGCCAAACAUCACUUUCCGAAAGAAGGAUAAGGGCGGUCUCAAUAUUACUAGCACAGUUCCUUUGACACACAUCGAUAACGACGAAAUCAAGGCUGUCAUGUCCGAAUACCGUAUCAACUCUGCCGACAUCACCAUCCGAUGCGACGCAACUAUUGACGAUGUCAUUGACGUUCUCGAGGCUAAGAGCAGAAGUUAUAUCCCCGUCGUUUACUGCUUAAACAAGAUCGACGCCAUCAGCAUCGAGGAGCUUGAUUUGCUCUACCGAAUCCCUAAUGCUGUCCCCAUCAGCUCAGAACACGGAUGGAACAUCGAUGAGCUCAUGGAAGCCAUGUGGGAGAAGUUGAACCUUAAGCGUGUCUACACCAAGCCCAAGGGCCGCGCACCCGAUUACACAGCUCCUGUUGUUUUACGAUCCAACAAGUCCACAGUGGAAGAUUUUUGCAAUGCCAUCCACAGAACUAUUGUCGAACAGUUCAAGACAGCCAUUGUAUACGGCAAGAGUGUAAAGCACCAGCCGCAACGAGUGGGCUUGAGCCACGAGCUUGAAGAUGAAGAUGUCGUGACUAUCGUCAAACGAUGAACGCACACCUUCUCAUACCUCACCGGAGGCGAGGCAGGGGGAGAAGUUCGAGAGAUUUGGGUGGUGCAAGUUGAAAAAAUUCAGACGCGUUCCCUGGGUGCAUGGCACGGCGUUGAGUACAGGGAACUUCAUUCCCACCAAUCGUACUUCGUUGCGAGGGAAGUGCUCUCCACCGGGAUCAUGGUAGACCAUCGGUUCUAGAUGCACAUGGACGCGGAUGACGCUCGAUUAGGAAAAGCUCAUGGUUGAAUCGCGAACGUCGCAAGGUGGUCAGCCAGGAGCGGAAGGUCUAUGCUCGAAUAGGUCAACGAACUGACAGACAGGGCCAGGGACGGGGAUGCCGCGCCACGAAACGCAGUGUCUGGGCCGUCUUUUUUUCCCUUGUUUGUAAUCACUUAGAGAGCCGCUCAGGGACAUGACGUGGGCUCCUUGGAUUGUUCAACGGGAGCUAGACACAAGCAUGGUGUCGGGCCGCGAAUCGGAGCAGGGGUUAGGUAACAAGCAUGGAUUAAUUUGAAAUGGUUCCACACCUUAGACAACCACCUCCUCAUCAGGCAAGGUACCAGCCGUAGACGCAAAUUUCACCUGCAGCUAAUGCUUGAUGGUGCGGACGGAUUCGGUAAGCCACUGACCACGCUAAGUGCGGCUUUGGUGUUGUUGAAGUCGGAGGAAGCUGGCUAAAUUGCGCGAGAAAACCAC